AAACAGCAGGUUGUUUAGUGAGUAGGACAGCUAGAGUAUGAGGGAGCAAAUAUGAAUAUGAUUGAUGCUACAACAUAUUAGUCCUGAUAACUGCUUCAAAAAACAAAGCAAAUCAUGUGGUACCUUCAUGCCCUGUACUGUACAUGGGCUUUAAAACACUGCAGUAUAAAUGUAGAAAUAUUGACAUUAAUAUAUUUUCUGUGAAUACUCUGCCAUUGCUCACUGCUGAUAAGCAUCUAAUGUAGCUACACUGCACAAUUCCAAUGUUUUUUCCCCCCUGUGACAGAAAUACAAUGAGUUCUGGUGAUAAAUCUUCCUCCCGACCUGUGAGGGCGCUAAAGAACGGGAGGAGAAGUAUCUGGAAGGGCUGGCCUGACAGUUCGUUUCCGGGACCGGGAAGUGGGUCAGCCUGGAAGGAAGCGAGACUCUGUUGUAAGACCGUAUUGAUUUGACAGGUAAACAAGGGGCAGCUGCAAGUAAAAAGGCAGCUGCAACCGUUUACCUAGAUAUCAUGCGGGAUUACAUAUAGGGGCCAGGGUAACGCUGUUCUUUUCCUUCGUUUGGGUUAAACGGGAGAGAGAGAAGGACUGAGAGAGGAGCUCUCAAUAACGAAAAUAAAAGAGACGUGAUACGUGUUUUUGGUGUUGUGUUUGUCUGUGUGGUAAUUGUUUGUGUUUUACUUCACCAGACAGUUAGAGCACAUCUCCGGAGCUGUCGCCGAGGGUCAGCACAAUCCGGAGCACCACUGCACUAAACGUCACGGAAAUACUUGUGUUUGCACUAAGCACCAGCACGACUGCACUCACCCAGGACUGGUGACCGUGUGUUCUUUUUGUUCGGGACUGUGCCCUGUUUUGUUAUCCCCGUGCUUUACACAUUGGUGUGUAUAGCCGGGGGUUUAUUAGUUAACGGUCACCAGACCUGGAUUAUAAAUAAAACACCAUUUUUCCACUGUAUACCGUUGUCUGCCUGUUCACUCCUGCAUCGCAUCACCGCUACACCUGUUCCCCUUCACUAGCCACUUUGCCACACGUGGUGUCAGAUCCGGGAUCAUGGAUCGCAACGCACUGGCGGAGCUGCUGCAGGCGCUGGAGAGCAGACGCGACGCAGAGGAGAGGAGGAGGGAGGAGCGCUACACGGCGCUCAUUGAACGGGUAGGGCUGGCCGUUGCCGCAGCAACGACCCCUACCACAACACCGCUGAUGUCGCCCCCGAAGGCACGGGCAAUGAAGAUGUCGGCGGAGGAUGACCCGGAGGCGUAUUUGGUGGCGUUCGAGCGGCUGGCUACCGCGGCGGCUUGGCCGCGGGAGUUCUGGGCCAGCCAGUUGGGACCCUGCCUGAUUGGGGAGGCUCAGGCAGCCUACCAAGCCAUGAGCGACCAUCACGCCACCGAGUAUGACCUGGUCAAGCAGGCUAUCCUCCGCCGGCUGAACAUCACCACGGAGACCCACCGGGCGCGGUUUAGGGAGUACCGGAGAGCCCCGGAGACACGCCCCAGGGUGGUUGCAGAGCGGUUGUGCGACCACAUGGUGCAUUGGCUGACCCCCGGGAAGAAGACCGCCCAGCAGAUGGGGGAAGCCAUUGUGGUAGAGCAAUUUUGCCAUGUGGUCGGCGCCGAAACCCAGGCGUGGAUACGGCGCCACAACCCCGACACCCUGGAGGAGGCGGUCAAAUUGGCUGAAGACUUCGAAGACUCCCUGACUUCUGCCCGGAUCGGGAUCCUGUCGGCCCCUGCCCUUCGGAGCAGCCGACCUCUCCCUCCCUCUCCUCCAACACCACCACCACCACCCCCCCCCCGCGUUCCAGGGACCCAGACCUCCUAGAACACCGACCCCAUUGGGCCCCCUUGCCUCCCCCCCAUGGAGACCAAGGUUGGCCCCCAGCUGGGGUAGAGGUGCUGCCCCUGCCCCGUUGCCAUACCAGCAGCGGGACAGAUUUAUGACCUAUGCCCCCUCUGUCCCUCCUAUCUGUUUUAGGUGCCACCAGCCGGGACAUCUGGCCAGGUCAUGCCCCGCUGCCAUGGAGUGUGACGUGGCCGCGUGCAAUUGGGCACCUGAAACUGACAGUUAGAGCACAUCUCCGGAGCUGUCGCCGAGGGUCAGCACAAUCCGGAGCACCACUGCACUAAACGUCACGGAAAUACUUGUGUUUGCACUAAGCACCAGCACGACUGCACUCACCCAGGACUGGUGACCGUGUGUUCUUUUUGUUCGGGACUGUGCCCUGUUUUAUUAUCCCCGUGC